GCAGUUCGUAGUGGUUACUUCCGCCCGGUCUAGUUGGGCGAUGCGUCGUGUUGCACGUGGGGUUCCCAGUGUGGCGUUCGCUGGCGAUGUAAUGAUUCUGGGUGACAUUGGGACGGACCCUAGAGGGUGAGGAUGUGGGCUCCAGUGGCGGGGCUUCCUCCGCGGCUGACGCUGUCAGCCUUUUCCGGGGCUGGUCGCUUUUGCGUUUUGAGGCACAGAGCGGCGAGGUGGAAGGACGUCCCAGCCAGGAACAGCCGUGGUUUGUCUGACUUCCACCCGCAGCUGUUGCCCAGUCAGGGUUUCGGAGAUUCGCCCUCCUGGCUGUCCAAGUGCCGCUUCGAGGCCAGGCAUUACCUAAUCAACCCGAAACUAGCGGAGACCGUGGUGCAGAUCCUGUGGGACAAACAAGACGCUUGCAAGGUAUUCCUGGAAUGCAAUCCAGGUCCUGGAAUCCUGACUCAAGCAUUAAUUGAAAGAGGUGCCAGAGUGAUUGCCCUUGAAAGUGACAGAACUUUUAUUCCACAUUUGGAGUCCCUAGGAAAAAAUCUGGAUGGAAAACUAGAUGUGGUCCACUGUGACUUCUUUAAACUGGAUCCUAGAAGUCAUGGAGUGGUAAAACCUCCGAGUGUGACUUCACAGUUACUUUUUCAGAAUUUGGGAAUAGAAGCACUUCCUUGGUCAAGAGGUAUCCCUUUAAAAGUAGUUGGAAUCUUCCCAACUAAAAAUGGGAGAAAGACACUUUGGAAACUUUUACAUGACAUAUAUUCCUGUACUUCUAUAUAUAGAUAUGGACGAGUAGAACUAAAUUUGUUUAUUAAUGAAAAGGAAUGCCAGAAGCUAAUGGCAAAUCCUCAGACUCCACGCCUGUACCAAGCAUUAAGCGUGCUCUGGCAAGUGGCUUGUGAGGUGGAACUGCUGCAUGUGGAGCCCUGGUCAUCAUUUGACAUAUACACGCAAAGUGGGCAACUGGAAAAGCCGAAGUGCAAGGAGUCAUUGGAAGAAAUGAAACAAAACCUGUGUUUUAUUCGACUGACUCCCCGUAGAAAUUUAUUUACAGAAAACUUAACACCUGUUAACUAUGAUGUAUUUUUUCACAUGUUAAAGCAGUGUUUUAUGAAGCGCAAUGCCAAGCUAAUAGACCACUUAUGUUCAUUGAGUCCAGUUGAUGCAAUGGAUAUAUUGAAGCAAAUAAGAAAAAAGGAAAAAACAAAAAUAACAAAUAUGUAUCCUCGAGACUUUAAACACCUUUUUGAAACGAUAGAGUGCUCCAAAGGUUAUACCUGUAAGUGGCUAUAUGAUGACUUCAUGGAAGACAUAAUCACAUAGGGAACUGGACUGUGAAGAUAGUAGCUGGAGCCACUGGUUUAAUUUGUAAAUUAUAACACUAAUGAAGAAGAACUAAGCUUGAAAAGCUUACAUCUGUUCAACAAAAGGUAAUGUUCUUGUUUUGCACAAACUAGGCAGAUCAUCUUCUGAAGUUUGUACCAUUAGUACAUUGGAGAAAACAGUGGCCGCUAUUUUAUUCACAACUGAAGAAAAUGAAAACUUCAGUUAAUUGUGGAUUUGAUCAGCUUGGAUUUGUUUUGUUUUAAAUUCCCAUCUACUGUCAACAUACUGGUAGUUGUAGGGUAUUACCAGAUGAAAUUUAGUUUAAAAAAUCCUUUUGGCCAAAUACAGUGUAUUAAUUUAAAUAUUCCACUUUCACUGUUCCUUUUUGCAGCCUCCUAGGGGGCAAGAGUUUGUACAUUUUUAAGUUUAGAAAGUAAACUGAUUUAAGUGUU